AGACAACAGAUGGCCCCAAUGGAGCCCGUGGCGAAAGCUACGUGAGCGGCAUCAAAGCGGCGUGUUUCCCCUGCGGAUCGAGCAUGGGCGCCUCCUUUGAUCGUCGGCUCUUGUAUGAUGUUGGCAAAGCCAUUGCGCGCGAGGCGCAGAGUAAAGCGGCGAAUAUCCUGUUGGCGCCGACGUUGAACGUCAUCCGCUCGCCGUUGGGUCAGAAAGAGAUCCUCUUCACUCUGAGGAUCCGGUAGUCUUGGGGGUUCUGGCUGCUGCUUUUGUGAAUGGUAUGGCCCGAUAUGGAGGUAGAAACUAAUCUCUUGAAACGAUACUGACAGAUCACCCCAUGACAGGCUGCCAAUCCGUUGGCAUCGCGGCGACGCCGAAACAUUUCGUCGCCAAUGAUGCAGAGAAUCUGCGCACAACACUGUCGACGGAGGUGGACGAGCAGACGCUGCGCGAGCUGUAUCUGCUGCCCUUCCAGCUGAUCAUGAAGCUGGCGGACCCCUGGUGUUUCAUGACGAGCUACAACCGCGUCAACGGGACGUACGUCUCGGACGACCCGCGGCUGGUGCAGGGCGUGCUGCGGCACGAAUGGGGAUUCCGCGGCUUGGUCGUCUCGGACUGGAUGGGUACGUAUUCCACAGCGGAGGGUAUGAAUGCGGGUGUCGAUCUGGAGAUGCCCGGGCCGCCCAAGUGGCGUGGCGAGCGUCUGCUCCAGGCCGUGGCCGAGGGGGCCGUCAGCCAGAAAACCAUCGACGAGAGCGCGCGCCGGGUGCUGGACCUCGCGCGCCGGCUCCGCCGCUGGGAGGAGCACCCUGAGGAGGAACCGCCGGAGCGGGCAUUGGAGGACCCUGAACGAGACGAAUUCAUCCGCGACGCCGCCGCGGAGGGUAUCGUCCUGCUGCAGAACCGAGACGCCGUCUUACCCCUGACGUUAGCUGCCGGGGAGACUGUCGCGCUCAUCGGACACCAUGCGCGCAUCGUCACGCUCGGCGGCGGGGGCAGUGCCCGCGUUGACGCCCUGCAUGCAGUCAAUCUGGUUGAUGGGUUCGCGCAGCUCGGCGUCCAGACAACGGUGUCUCCGGGGGUCCCGGUGUUUGGCGCCGUGCCACAUGCGGACGCUGGUCUGCUCUUCCAGACGGGCGGCGGACAGGGCGAGCAGCCGGUCAAGGUGGAGUGGUUCAACGGCAGUGUGGUCGGCGAGAACCUGGUUCACACGGAGACGAGGCCUGUGCCGGAGUACAUGAUCAAGGAGCAAUGGCCGGCGUACCUCGCCCGCGAGUACUGCACACGCAUGACGGUCGAUCUGCAACCGGAAAGUAGUGGCGAGCACCUAUUUUCCGUCGUGUCGACGGGACGGGCUGUGUGUUCGAUCAACGGACGCGUGGUGUUCGAGCGAGCCCAGGAGACCGCCCUGAAGCCCGAGUCGUUCUACUUCUUCAAAUCGAAGCUGGAGCGCCGCUUCACCUUCGCCAUGCAGGCCGGAGUGCGGUACACUCUCACGCUUGAGUCGUGGGCGACCGACCCGGAGAUCCUGGCCGCGAAGCCUCUGUUCGGGCGCAUGUUUCAGGGCUCAGCACUGCGCUUCCACGAGGCGAUCGACGUGCCAGGUGCGAUCGAGGCGGCGGCUUCGACGGCGCGGGCCUGCGCCGCCGCUGUCGUCUGCGUAGGGACCACCAAUGAGAUCGAAUCCGAAGGCUUCGAUCGUGACACGAUGGACCUCACGGACGAGCAGUACGCCCUCAUCCGUGCCGUCGCGGCGCAGAACCCGCGCACCGUCGUGGUCAACUUCUCCGGCGCGCCCGUCGGCCUUACUCAGGUCCUUGACGUGGUGCCUGCAGUCGUGCAGGCCUGGUUCCCCGGCCAGGAGUGCGGCCAUGCGGUGGCGCGCGUCUUGACAGGCGCCGUCAACCCCAGCGGUCGAUUACCGCUGUCGUGGCCCCGACAGGUCGAGGAUAACCCGUCGUUUGGGAACUUCCCAGCAGACGAGGAGACUCUCUUGAUCAAGUAUGAGGAAGGGUUGGAUGUGGGAUAUCGGUUCUACGACCGCGAAGAGACCCCAACACCGCUUUUCCCCUUCGGAUUCGGCCUCUCGUACACUUCGUUUGCUGUAUCGAACGCCCGUGUGGUAGCUAGCGUACAGCAGCAGCAAGCUGUCUUGUCCAGUCGGUCAGACACGGUCGAGGUGAAGUGCGAUGUACAGAACACGGGGAGUCGUACCGGCAAGGUGGUCGUGCAGUUCUACGUGGGGAUGCCGGCCACGACGAUCGGACGCAAGAGACCAAUCAAGGAGCUCAAGGAGUUCGUCAAGGUGGAACUGGCUGCGGGCCAGAGCCAGACGAUCUCUGUGGUUCUCGACCGGUACGCCGUGAGCCUGUACGACGCCGACAGGUCCUGCUGGCGGGCGAAUCCUGGCCGUUACACGGUAUAUGUCGGUCAAUCGUCGGUGGAUCUGUCGAGCCAAACGGACUUUACUGUGUCGGAGCCACUGGAGUGGACCGGUAUUUAACAGUUUGUGGGGGGGGGGGAAGCCAAUAAGAAGUCGAAUUAAUUGCAGAACUGCAGUCUAUGAUAAUCUUUUGCUCAGUGCUAUCCCGUACUCCAUUGUCGCUAACAGGCCGCCCAGGUUGAUGAGAAUGGAAGUUGUAUGGAUCCAGACGAAGCGACGAUUCAGCGCAACCAUGGCAGGCGAAUGCGGCGGGGGAUCGUAGCUCUUCCUCUUGUCGCGAAUUUCUAUCCUUGGAUCAGCAAUUUUGAUAUAUCCCAGAGCUUACGCUGUAUGUGUGCGAGGCAAAAUCUCUCCCCUCCCCCUUACCUUGACGCUUCUUCUCUGUGAUGACCUUGUAGGUCAACGGGCGGAACACGAGCAGGUUGAGCAAUCCGGCC